AUGACACUGCAAAGCCUUCCUGGCUGGCUGAAUGCUGUUACCUGUGGACUCCUGCUUCUCUUCCUGCAUGUGCAAGGCCAGGACUCAGCCAGUCCCAUCAGGAACACACGCACAGGCCAGGUUAGAGGAAGCCUUGUCCGAGUGAAAAACACUGAAGUUGAUGUCCACACUUUCCUGGGAAUUCCCUUUGCCAAGCCACCUGUAGGACCACUGCGCUUUGCACCCCCUGAGUCCCCUGAGCCAUGGAGUGGUGUGAGAGAUGGGACCUCCUAUCCAGCCAUGUGUCUACAAAAUGAUGGCAUGAUGAAUUCUGAGGCACUGAAGAUGAUGAAAUUCAUCAUGCCUCCCAUUGCAAUAUCUGAGGACUGCCUGUAUCUCAACAUCUACACACCAACCCAUGCCCAUGAGGGUUCUAACCUGCCUGUGAUAGUGUGGAUACAUGGAGGUGCUCUGGUUGUAGGCCUGGCCUCCAUGUAUGAUGGAUCCAUGCUGGCAGCCAUUGAGGAUGUGGUGGUGGUCACUAUCCAGUACCGUCUGGGUGUCCUAGGAUUUUUCAGCACUGGAGACGAGCAUGCCAGAGGCAACUGGGGCUAUCUGGACCAAGUGGCUGCCCUACGCUGGGUCCAGCAGAAUAUCGCCCACUUUGGAGGCAACCCUGACCGGGUCACAAUUUUCGGCGAAUCAGCAGGUGGCACAAGUGUGUCUUCACAUGUUGUGUCCCCCAUGUCCCAAGGACUCUUCCAUGGAGCCAUCAUGGAGAGUGGAGUAGCGGUGCUGCCUGAUCUCAUCUCCAGCUCCUCAGAGAUGGUUUACACGAUAGUGGCCAAUCUAUCUGAUUGUGGAGCUGUGAACACAGAGACCCUGGUGAGCUGUCUACGAGGCAAGAGUGAAGCAGAGAUUCUGGAUAUUAACAAGGUCUUCAAGAUCAUUCCUGCUGUGGUGGAUGGGGAGUUUCUACCAAAGCAUCCUCUGGAGCUGUUGGCCUCUGCUGAUUUUCACCCUGUUCCCAGCAUCAUUGGUGUCAACAAUGAUGAAUAUGGAUGGCUUCUCCCUAUGAUCAUGGGCUCUGCUCAGAAAAUCAAAGAAAUAACCAAAGAGACCCUGCCUGCUAUAAUGAAGAGCACAGCAGCACAGAUGAAUUUGCCUCCUGAGUGUAGUGACCUGCUAAUGGAAGAGUACAUGGGGGACACUGAGGAUCCCCAAACACUCCAAAUACAGUUCACUGAGAUGAUGGGAGAUUUCAUGUUUGUGAUCCCUGCACUCAAAGUAGCACAUUUUCAGCGCUCCCAUGCUCCUGUCUUCUUCUAUGAGUUCCAACAUCGGCCCAGCUUCCUAAAGGAUAUCAAACCUCCCCACGUGAAGGCUGACCACGGAGAUGACUUUUUCUUCAUCUUUGGCAACCUAUUAUUUGGAGUAAAAUUUGCUUCCACUGAGGAGGAGGAGCUACUCAGCAGAAAGAUGAUGAAAUACUGGGCCAACUUUGCACGGCAUGGGAACCCGAACAGCGAGGGUCUACCCUACUGGCCCAUGUUGGACCAUGAUGAGCAGUAUCUGCAGCUGAACAUUCACCCUGCUGUGGGCAGAGCCCUGAAGGCCAGAAGGCUGCAGUUCUGGACCAAGACUCUGCCCCAGAAGAUCCAGGAGCUAAAGGGGACUCAGGAGAGGCACAAAGAGCUAUAG